UUCGCGUGAACGGGGAAGUGGAAUUUUCAUUAUCGGAAUACCAGUCGCUGUCAGUAAACCUCUUACACCGCUUUGAUAAACGCGCUCCUUGCAGGGCGUAGUCAUCCCUCCAGCUAAAAAGAACACCAAAGGCAACAACGAAAGAAAAAACGAAACCGUUGGUACGCGACACUCGUACGAUUACUUCGAGGAAUAACUCUGUUGAAGAAAUAACGAUUCUCUACGAAUUAAUCGUAACGAGAGGCAAUUAAGGUGGUUCGAAGUUGUUGUAAGAUCAGUUACGAAACACGGCAGGGGAUCGACCGAUUGAAUCGUGAAAAGUAUCGAACCUUAAUGACUUAUGAUUUAUGAUCAACGAAGAGACGUUUGCAAAAAUUGCAAUUCAUCUUGAAAGUGUCAUCUAAAGUACAUGAUGUUCCGAAAGUGAUUCCCGGAAAUAGAAGCGGAACAACGGGAACGAAUUGGUCGAGCUGGAACAACAAUUGCGCACGUUUCACGUGCAGACUGUUUUUACAAUUGCUGCAAACAGUAUAUAUAAUCGACGAAUCAGCUAAAAACGAUAACAGUGUCCAAUGAUACGGCGAAGAUGAAGAUACCAACGAUACUUUUAUCACUUUUCUUCUGCUGUGUUGCCGUCUCGUCGGAGAUUCAGCAGCAAAAGAAAUCGAAUGGGCAAACAGAGAAACGGGUGGGCGUUGAAACGACAGUGAAACGGUCACACGUCACCGAUGUAGAAGCUGCUUCGAGAAAUGUUCAAACGAAACGUUCUUUGGAGGUUGGACAGCAGAAAUCACGAAGCAAAGAGGCUGGAUUAAGCUUUCAGGAAACGGGAUCAGCGCAAAAGACUUCGAGCGGAACUGAUUGGGGAGGGUUGCUUCCUGACGCAGAGGAAAAGGACAGGAAGAAGCAAAGUGAAGUGUCUCCGAUAAUAGCAUGGCUGGGAAAUCUAAGAGCGUCAAAAUCUAACGAGCAAAUAUCAUUGCAUCGAGGACCCUAUUGGGAUUCCUUCACGUCAGAGGACGCGAAAUACACGAGAUUAGACCAAGCAGAGAAACUUGGCGACAAACCAAUCAACGAUAAUUGGUACAUGUACCUGAUACCAGAGAGUUCAGAAGAUUAUUCAGAAUCAUUGGCUCCAGGCAGAAGUGCGAUAAUUCAAAGCCAGCAACGAAAUGGACAAUGGAUUAGUAGUGGAACAAACUUACGCUGGAAGGAAGGACCUGAGUGGUCGAAUCGCGGGAAGAAAAUUAAAAAUGAAGAUGCCAGUGCCCGUUGGAGGAUGCAAAAAUUGCCUACGUCGCAAUGGAACACUGACUGGAAGAAAGAAAAUUUAAAAGAAAUAAAAGGAAACGAGGGAUCAAGGAUAGAUUGGAAACGAGAAAGGAACUCACAGUGGAAGAACAGUGGAUUGGAUGUAAAAAAUUGGAAAAUCAAUGAGGAUAAUUCGAAAAAGAGCGAAGGGAGUAGUAGAAGUUUGGAAGGUUUACGAAGUAAAAGUGAAAAAUCAUUGGAUUCUUCAGACGAUAGAAAAGCUAACGAAGAAGGGGAGAGGAUAAAUAAAUAUUUAAAACACAAAACUUUGUUUGAUUCCGAUCCACUUCUCUUGCUGGAUGAAUUGGAGCAUGGUUCAAAAUACAAACACAAGGGCACUGGACGGUAUGAUACAAUGCUACACGGUGAUAAAGCUCAUGAUAAAAUGUACGAGAGCAAUCGAUAUAUAGGUAAUAGAAGAGGUAGUGAUAAAGUAGAUGAAUUGCCAGAAAUGUUAAAACUUAAGGGCUGGAGAGAAGAAGACGAAAAAAUGAAGGCAGAGAGGGAACAUAGUUCCAAAAAGAUACAGUUGGAGAAACCAUCAAAAGAAACAAGCGAUGACAGAAUAAAAACUUUAUGGAGUACCAGGCAAUCUGAUAAAAUACAGGGAAAAAAUGAUGAGAAACAUCGAAUUCUAGUUAUUAAUAAGAAGAUCCCUGACGAAAAGUUAAAGUCGCAUGAACUAAAAUCGUGGAAGUCGAAAAUUCUGGCAGGCGAACAGAGAAACCAAUAUAGUCAACGUGGUGAAGACAAAACAAUAUCUUCUGAAGAAAAGAAAUCAGAAAAAGAUGAAUCAGGAGGAGCAAGGAGUCACAUGUGGAAGAGUAACAUGGAACAAAAGGUCCCCCAGAGAAAUAGAGAAAGUAAAGAAAAAGAAGAGAACAAUUUGCAAAAAGAAAAAAUUGCAGCAGGAAAGUCAGGAAUAGAAGAUUUGGGCAAACAGGAACAUGGACCAAGAGGUUGGAAGAUGUACAAGCCUCUGAAGGAUUCAAAAGAGAAAAUAUCCAGAGGAGAUGGUUUCGAGGUAAGAAAAUGGAGUGCAGAAAUUCCAGACGAAAACAGACAUUGGAAACAGAAUCUACGACAACAGGUAUUGAAAACAGAAGAUGCGGGAUGGUGGAAACCAAGCAGUGACCACUGGAAUAAUAAGGGCCUUAAAACAGCCAGUCCAGAACAACAGAUGCUGGGCCUACAGAACAUAGAAAGGAACAACCAUAUAAUGGAAGUAUCUCAAAAUAAGGAACUAGAAGAAGACAGCAGGAAAAAAAAUGAAGAAGAAGAGAACAUCAAAACAGGAAGAUGGGAAUCUGAAAAAAUCAAAAAGCAAACCACAGAAAUAGUAAACUAUGGGCUAAAAGAAUCUGACAAAGAGAAACCGGAAAUGAAGGAUUUACUUCUUAAAAAAUCAAAGUCAGAAAUGGCUGAAAAAAAGAAAAUUCAAGAGCAAAGGGAAGAGAAGAGUUCGGAAGAAAAGAAAACUAAGAAGCUUGAGAUUCAUAAGCCUGAAGAUCAGGGAUGGAACCAGAAAGAAAAGUCAGAACAGUCUGAGAAGAAGGAGGUUCAUGUUGAAAGUGAGAAUAAGGGUUUGCGAAAGAUAGAAUUGAAGGGAAUUGAGGUAGAGAAGCCUCAAGGACAGGGAUGGACCAUGAUAGGAAAGCCAGAAGAGACCGAGAAGAAGGAGGUUCAAAUUGAACGUGAGAAGCAGGGUUUGGGAGAGAAAGAAGUGAAGGUUGAAAAGCCUCAAGAACUGGGAUGGGCCAUGAUAGAAAAACCAGAAGAGAUUGAGAAGAAGGAGGUUCAAGUUGAAAGUAAGAAAAAGGGUUUGGGAGAGAUAGCAAUAAAGGAGAUUGAGGUUGCGAAGCCUCAAGGACAAGGAUGGGCCAUGAUAGAUAAGCCAGAAGAGACCGAAAAGAUAGAGGUUACAGUUCAAAGUGAGAAGCAGGGUUUGGGAGAAAUAGAAUUGAAGGAGAUUCAGGUUGAGAAACCUCAAGGACUGGGAUGGGCCAUGCAAAAAAAGCCAGAAGAGUCAAAGAAGAAGGAGGUUGAAGUUGAAAAUGAGAAGCAGGGUUUGGGAGAGAAAGAAGUGAAGGUUCAAAAACCUCAAGAACAGGAAUGGACCAUGAUAGGAAAGCCAGAAGCGUUAAAGAAGAAGGAGGUUCAAGUUGAAGGUGAGAAGCAGGGUUUGGGAGAUAAGGAAGUGAAAGUUGAAAAGCCUCAAGAACAGGGAUGGGCCAUGAUAGGAAAGCCAGAAGCGUUAGAGAAGAAGGAUGAUCAAGUUGAAGGUGAGAAGCAGGGUUUGGGAGAUAAGGAAGUGAACGUUGAAAAGCCUCAAGAACAGGGAUGGGCCAUGAUAGGAAAGCCAGAAGCGUUAGAGAAGAAGGAUGAUCAAGUUGAAGGUGAGAAGCAGGGUUUGGGAGAUAAGGAAGUGAACGUUGAAAAGCCUCAAGAACAGGGUUGGGCUAGGAUAGUAAAGCCAGAACAGUCAGAGAAGAAGGAGGUUGAAGUUGAAAGUGAUAGGAAGGGUUUGGGAGAGAUAGAAUUGCAGGAGAUUGAGCUUGAUAUGCCUCAAGAACAGGGAUGGGCCAUUAUAGAAAAGCCAGAAGAGUCAAAGAAGAAGGAGGCUCAAGUUGAAGGUGGAAAGCAAGGUUUGGGAGAGAAAGAAGUUAAGGUUCAAAAACCUCAAAAACAGGAAUGGGCCAUGAUAGGAAAGCCAGAAGCGUUAGAGAAGAAGGAUGAUCAAGUUGAAGGUGAGAAGCAGGGUUUGGGAGAUAAGGAUGUGAAAGUUGAAAAGCCUCAAGAACAGGGAUGGGCCAUUAUAGAAAAGCCAGAAAAGUCAAAGAAGAAGGAGGCUCAAGUUGAAGGUGAAAAGCAAGGUUUGGGAGAGAAAGAAGUGAUGGUUCAAAAACCUCAAAAACAGGAAUGGGCCAUGAUAGGAAAGCCAGAAGCGUUAGAGAAGAAGGAUGAUCAAGUUGAAGGUGAGAAGCAGGGUUUGGGAGAUAAGGAAGUGAAAGUUGCAAAGCCUCAAGAACAGGGAUGGGCCAUUAUAGAAAAGCCAGAGGAGAUCGAAAAGAAGGAGGUUCAAGUUGAAGGUGAAAGGCAAGGUUUGGGAGAGAAAGAAGUGAAGGUUCGAAAACCUCAAGAACAGGAAUGGGCCAUGAUAGGAAAGCCAGAAGCGUUAGAGAAGAAGGAGGUUCAAGUUAAAGGUGAGAAGCAGGGUUUGGGAGAUAAGGAAGUGAACGUUGAAGAGCCUCAAGAACAGGGUUGGGCUAGGAUAGUAAAGCCAGAACAGUCAGAGAAGAAGGAGGUUGAAGUUGAAAGUGAUAGGAAGGGUUUGGGAGAGAUAGAAUUGAAGGAGAUUGAGCUUGAUAUGCCUCAAGAACAGAGAUGGGCCAUGAUAGAAAAGCCAGAAGAGACCGAGAAGAUGAAGGUUACAGUUGAAAGUGGGAAGCAGGGUUUGGGAGAAAUAGAAUUGAAGGAGAUUCAGGUUGAGAAACCUCAGGAACAGGAUUGGGCCAUGAUAGAAAAGCCGGAGCAGACCGAGAAGAAGGAGAUUCAAGUUGAAAGUGAGAAGCAGGGUUUGGGAGAGAAUGAAGUGAAGGUUGAAAAGCCUCAAGAACAGGGAUGGGCCAUUAUAGAAAAACCAAAAGAGACCGAGAAGAAGGAAGUUCAAGUUGAAGGUGAAAAGCAAGGUUUGGGAGGGAAAGAGGUGAAGGUUCAAAAACCUCAAGAACAGGAAUGGACCAUGAUAGGAAAGCCAGAAGCGUUAGAGAAGAAGGAGGUUCAAGUUGAAGGUGAGAAGCAGAGUUUGGGAAAAAAGGAAGUGAACGUUGAAAAGCCUCAAGAACAGGGAUGGGCUAGGAUAGAAAAGCCAGAAGAGUCAGAGAAGAAGGAGGUUGAAGUUGAAAGUGAUAGGAAGGGCUUGGGAGAAAUAGAAUUGACGGAGAUUGAGCUUGAGAAGCCUCAAGAACAGGGGUGGCCCAUGAUCGGAAAGCCAGAAGAGUCAGAGAAGACGGAGCUGGAAGUUCAAAGUGAUUGGAAGGGUUUGGGAGAGAUAGAAUUGAAGAAGAUUGAGCUUGAUAAGCCUCAAGAACAGAGAUGGGUCAUGAUAGAAAAGCCAGAAGAGACCGAGAAGAUGAAGGUUACAGUUGAAAGUGGAAAGCAGGCUUUGGGAGAAAUAGAAUUGAAGGAGAUUCAGGUUGAGAAGCCUCAGGAGCAGGGAUGGGACAAGAAAGAAAAGCCAGCAGAGUCAGAGAAGAAGGAGGUUCAAGUUGAAAGUGAGAGGAAUGGUUUGGGAGAGAUAGAAUCGAAGGAGAUUGGGGUUGAGAAGUCUCAAGAACGGGAAUGGAUAGAGGAGGAUGUAGAUGCUGGAAAAGGAAAGUUGCUCAAUUCUGUAAAGAAAGAACUUAAAGUUGAAGGGCUAGAAAAGAAUUUAAUGGAGGAAGGCGUCAAAAUGAAAGGUUUGAAGUCUAACCAAUCUAAGAAACAGAGCAUAGAAAUUGGAGAAGUUGGAUUAGGAGAUUCAAAAGAAGUGAAAAUGGAAGCCAAAGAUGUUGAAAUUAACAAAAGUAUAUCUAAGGAUUCUGAAAAAGUAAUGCUUGAACCAGAAGAUCUGAAAGGAGGUAAAACGGUGCGAUGGGAAGAGCAAGGACUUGAAGCAGGAAUUCCAAAAGAAACUAACCCUGGAACAGAGAGCUUAUUGUGGAGUCCAGAGAGAGGUUUUCUGUGGUCAAGCAAUCCACACACUACAGAAGCUGUUCCUGACGGUCUAGACGAGAAGAACCUGCCACGAGAAGAUUCGGAAAAAAAAGAAUCUGGGCCAUCGGUUUUGGAAGCACUCAAUCCAUGGGAGCCUAGUGACAUUAAACGUAACGAGGAACUUCAGUUACCCGAGAGUAAUAUGUGGAGGAGAAAAGGUUGGGCAGAUAUUAAUAUUCCUGCACAGAAAGAUGAUAAAGAGUCUACGUUAUUAGGCAAGGAAGAUAAUAAUGAUCAGUCUUUGACAAACAACAAACUCCUCCAAAAGAAACCUAUUAAAAUUGCAUGGCCUGAGACUAGCAAUGAAAAGAGCAGCAAAUCCAAAGAAACUGGAUCUUCCAUUGAGGACACAUACCUUAAAGCAUCAGGUGAUUUACAAAAGAGCGAUCUGUCGGCAAAAAAAGUCAUUGCAAAAAAAGAAUCAAGUGAAGACAUUGCAAUCUCUAAAGAAAGCGGUUUAAUUUUAAAAAAUAGCAAAGAAGGAGAGAAACUUUCAAAACAAUCUGAAAAUAAUGGUGAAAUACGGAGAAAAUUAAAUAAAAAUGAUCUGACUUCUGAUAAUGGUUUAAUUAAACCUGCAAAUGUGAAAACCAUUACAUUAGAACAAAACAUGAACAAGGAUGAAACCAUGGUACCUGAUAAGAAUAUGGGACAAGCUGGAAGCUUGUCAACCAUCGGCAGCAUUCUAACAGGAAGUCCUAGUUCUUCCCAAAGAAGCGACGUAUCGUCUGAUACAUCUGUUGAAGCGAACAUGAAACUAGGAGACGCAAACAAAGCGAUUCGUUGGAGAGGAGGUAAUACAGCCAAAGCACAGUCAGCUGAGAACGUGAAUAACGAUGGCACGGCUGCAGCAAUUACAAAUGACGCGUCCACAGGUGCUGAUAAUCAAGAUAAAAUCGAGGUUUCCGAUUUACACCCGGAUUUGAGUAAAUCACGCGAAGCUACUCAUCAGAUGGUUCCACAUUCUGCAAAAAAUAACCAGCAUCCUUUAAAAAUACCCAGAGAAGAAAGUGAAAUUGAAAUUUUAAAACCUUUUGAAGAAAAUAAACAAAGAAUUGUUGCUGAAGAUAAGUCCGGUAUCGAGAGAUUAUUAGAUACGGGUGUAAAACAGGAUAGUCUUAAAGAGAAGACGAAAGAAGAGACUUCAGCAACUGAUUUAAUAUCAAAUCAAGGUAAAACUCUGUUAACAGCGAGCAAGUCUGAAGGAAAUAUCGUAGAAUCUGAGAAAGUAGAGGAAGGAACACGAGAAACUGAAAAAGUUGCACACGAGAAAGAUGAGAAUUACAAGAUUCUCGAGGAUCAAAAUAGAAAGAACACUGAAAAGACCAUGGAAACUGGGACGAAUGAAAUUGGGCAAGUUUCUUCCAAGAAGAAAGCGGAAGAAACUAAGGAAAUAACGCAUGGUUUAAACGAAAAAGGUAACUGGAAACAAGGUACUACUGAAUUAAGUGUUAACAAGGUUGAUAAUAAAGUCGAUCUGAUUGAAAAUCAGGAUAAAGAUUCGAGGAAGAUGAACAUGUGGAAACAGCUUUCACUUGCGCAAGAUGUAAGUAGCAAAUCAGAAGAAGAGAUUACUUCAAAAUCCAGUGAAACGAUAAAACAAGGUUCAAAAAUAGCCUCUUCAAAGGAAUGGAUGAUUACAGAUAAAAAAUUACAAACUUCCAAGGAGAGACAAGUAACUAAAUCAAUAGAACGUAAUGACAACGCCUCUAAGGAGCGCGGUGCGUCAUCAGUUGUAAUUAAUCAAGUAGCUAAAGAAGAAUCGCAGGUUGAGAAAACAAGCGAGCAAAACGUAGCUGAAGAUCAUCUGUCUAAACAGAGGAAUUCCAAAGUGAUUAGUAAUUUGUCAUCCGAGAAAAAGGGAAGAGAGGACAAGGUAGAAGAAGAAGUGUCUCCUACCUCGAAAGUGAGCAACGUCGAGUUAAAAUCAGCUUCUUCAACGAAGGACAGCGUUCCUGAAUUACCUAAGGGGGGUGAUAUUCGAGUAAUUAAGGACGGACUCAGACCCGAAGAAUCUGACACGCACGUUUGGAAGCAACAAAAAGACGAGAAGGAAGUUUCUCCGAAUGAAAGUGAAUCGAUUAAACGUCUUUGGGAUACGAAGAAGGCGUCUCGAGGGGAUGUUAAAUCCGCCGAGGGUAAUAAUGUCAGCGAAGAGAAGGAACAGUCAUCGUUGGCAUCGCACGCGUUAAUACCAGGGAAAAACGAACCUUGGUCGCCCGUUUUAGGUGUCAAAAGUUUGGAGGAGAAUGAUAAAUCGUCGUGGAACAAAUUGAACUUACCCGGGGAUUCGCGCGAAACAAAAUUGAACGCGAAUGGAAUGGCGGCGAGCAAUUUGCGAAUAUCCGCGGGGAAGCAAUUAAUCGAAGACAACAAACAGGAAGUGCCUUCAAUUAUCAGCUCUCCGGCUGCUUUGAAUACCAAAACAACUGGUAAAGCACGCCCUCCAGUCGCGAAUGAGGAUUCAAUUGUACGAUAUUUGAACGAAGUUGUCGGAGCAACGCAUACUAAUGAAUUUGAAUCUCCAAGAAUCGAAGGAACGAUUAGAAAGGGAAAACUUGGCAAUUGGGCACCAAUACCUCUCAAAAAGCAGCAAUCAGGAAUGAUUAGCGAUAAGAAAGACAUAGAAAUUGAAAAAGAGGAAACGAAAGCGUCUUCAAAGAGUGAGGAUAUAGUUAAGGACGACAAAGUUAAGAAUUCGGCACCUAUACCUCUGACAAAGCAACCUUCUUUAAACUGGAACAACAAAGAGGACAUAGAAAUCGAAAAACAGGAAACAAAGGGGUCUUCGAAGGGCGAAGGGAUAAUUAGAAACGAUCAAGUUAAGAAAUGGCCACCUAACCCACUCAAAAAGCAACCUUCUAUAAACUGGAACAAUAAAGGGGACGUAGAACUCGAGAAACUGGGAAUAAAGGAGCCUUUGAAGAACGAAGAGAUAAUUAGAAACGAUCAGAUUAAAAAGUGGACGCCUAAACCGCUCGCAAAGCCAGUUUCUGUAAAAGAUACUAGCAUUCUUAAUGUUCCAAUGGCUCAGAAAUCUGAAAAACAGAUUUCCAAGGAAGAGGAUCAGAAGUUGGUCAACGAUGAACUCAGCGACGAGGAUUGGAACACUGGAAUCGUGGAUAAACUACACCCAGCUUCGAGGAACUUUGCGAAGCCACUCAGAAAGGAUGUGAAUAAAAAUGAAUGGCCUGAAUCUUGGGAGUCUCUUAAGUCCGGAUCUAACAAAUCUUUGGAAAAUGAUAGCUGGACUGAAACGGUGCACAGGAUGAUUAGGUCCCUUCUAUGGAUUAUACGAUCCUGGAGAAUUGAGAAGACUGUUUCAGAUGAGUCUGAUACAAAAACGUCAAAUGCUGAGAUCAUUAAGGAGACUUCUAAGGAGUCAGAUACAACUAAUUUGGAUGUCUACGUGGUGAAAUGGGGUCAAAAAGGACCCGUCAAAGUUGCAGCCGUGAACAACAUGAAACCUUCCAUCAUAAACAAAUUAUUAUUGCCGAGGAAGUCGUACGAGGAAAUUCGUGAAUCGUAUAAAAAGAAUGCAAUUAAAAAUAUUCCUAUAGCAGCAUAACAUAAUUAUCGAGUUUGCAAUUAAAUUUGCAACCUUCCUAUCACAAAAUUAUCGUAAAAGAUUAUUGAAUUUGUUCAUUUUUAAUAAGAUUUGCGAAUUUACUUAUCAAUUAAAUACUUAAAUAAUCGUGUUAUUUGAUAUUUUUAAUACUUAAUCUUAUAAUAUUAUAAAUUAUUCAAUUAAGAUGUAUGUCUAUCAUAAAGAUAGACAUUAUCAUCGGAUUUAUUUAAUCUUGUUAGUUUCUUGUUAAUUCAACUGACGUGUAAACACGAAAACACAUAUAUUCCCUUGUAAUCAUUCAACAUUCUUCAUUCGUUAAUUAAAUAAUGUAUCAUAAUGUUUCUAGCCACGACAGUGAAAUUACUACCUUCCUGUGUUAUAAAUACUGUACUGUAAAUAUAAAUGUAUUUCGUUAAUAAAAA